CUUAUUCCUUUCGUAGAUAUUAUAUUGCGUUAAAACAUGGAGCGAACUUCACUAAAGAUCGUUUUCUUUGUCGCAUUAUUUCUUUCCAUCUCUUGUAUGCAGAUGUCAUUCGCUUUCCCUGAGACAGAACAUGUAGCCACCCCGCAAUCUCUGUCUAAAAGCAAUGGUGAAAACAUGACUGAACGUGUGGAUCCCAUUCGUUGUAGUAAGGAUAGUGAUUGCAUUGCUUUUUGUGUAAUUGGCUUAGGAUUAUGUAAGAAUGGUGUUUGCACCUGUUACAACUAAGAAAUUUAAUAAUUGUUAAUCCCUUGAUACAUCCAUAUUACAAUGCUGCAGUUGGUAGGU